AUCGCCGCAAGAUCGCCUGAAAUUAAGAUCACGGAGCUAGCAAAGUGAAUGAACAUAUUGCACCCGAAUCCGAGCAGAUAAAUAAUAGUCCAUUUAAGAAAUCCCCCCUCAGAAUGUCUGAUAGCGAGGUCGAGUAUACGGCCACCGAGGUGGAGAUCGAGGAGAUCGAUGCCUACGAGAUGGACGAGGCGGACCUGCAGCAGUUCGUGGAGGUGCAUGAUUUACCACGGCCAGUCACCAAAGCAGAUCCGGCCCCGUCCACCUCCAAGGCCGGCGUUAGCUCUUCCGCACAUUCGGAGUCGGAAACGGACGAAGAGAACACCCAGCAGCGUGAGACACUGAUUAAGAAGCUGGUGGCGCGAGAAAUCACCUACAGUCAGUAUCAGGAGCAGAUGCACCAAGAGGAUGAUUUCGACGAAGAAGAGGUGGACCAGGAACGCAGCAGAGAGUGGGUAUCGUCGGGCUUUGAACUUGACUACCGAACGGCUCGGAGAGAUGCUAUGAAGGGCAAUCUGCAAGGUCCGCUACAAACGACCGUAGAAGGAAAGAGUACCAAGCGGCGGCAGAGGCGCUUUCUGCCACCGGCCCUCCAAGGACUGAUGGGGGAGGCCAAUCUUUGCUACGCCCGUGGCGAUACGAGUACGGCGAAGGAUCUGUGCCUGGAGAUCAUCCGUCAGGUGCCGCUUGCUUAUGAACCCUUCAUUACCCUAGCACAGCUCUACGAAGGUAAUGAUCCGGAACAGUACCUCGAGUGUUCCCUUAUCGCAGCCCAUCUGAACCCCUCCGAUAUCGAGCUGUGGAUGCGGGUAGCAGAAACCUCGAUCGAACAGGGCAACAUCGAUCAAGCGCUGAAAUGCUACACACGCGCCAUCAAGUACGAACCGAAGAAUGUCGAUCUGCGUCUGAAGCGUGCGCAGCUUACGGAGAAAAAGGGAGACGAGAAACAGGCAUUCAAGUACUACUAUGACAUGCUACCACUCAUCCCGAAAGAGCAGGGAGAGUUUCUUAUCUGCACCGCCAAGAGGGUAGCUAAAAAGUUCCACGAAGAGUCCAAUAUAGGCGCCGCUCUGGAGGCGAUGAAACGUGCCUACACAACCGCACCGGAACUGUUCUCCAUCGAGGACAUUAAUCUACUGUUGGAACUCCUGAUUGCCAAUGGGCUCUACCAGCGCGCCUUAUACAUACUCUCGACGCAUGCCCACGUCGAAGUGCAGGGUUCGGUGGAGGCGGCAGCCGCAAGUAAGGUGGACAGCUUUUCCGUUACAAUACCGGAUGAUAUGAUGCUGGACCUGCGUACGAAGCUGGCCGUCGUACUGGUGCAUCUGAAGAGCGAACAUUUGUUCGACUACAUCAUUAGGGACAUUAUGAUGCACACGGAUCCAGAGAACGGGGGCGAUUGUUAUCUGGACAUUGCAGAAGCGCUUAUGAAGGAGGAGUAUUAUCGCUUUGCACUGCGACUGCUGGUACCCUUGAUCAAAAGUGAACGCUUCUCGUUGGCCGCCGUUUGGCUUCGGUAUGCCGAUUGUUCACGUUUCGUUGAAGCCUAUGAUGAAGCCAUCGAGGGCUAUCGGAAGGUUGUCUCACUGGCUCAACAUUUGGAUGCGCGUCUGGCACUAGCCGCGCUGUUGAAGAAACAGGGCAAAUAUGCAGAUGCACUGGAGGCACUGGAACAGGAUCCCGACAAUGAGUACCUCGAUCCGGAGGUGUUGUAUGAGCGUUGUCUUAUGCUCGAAGAGAUUGGCCACUACAAAGAGUUUCUCGACGCUGGCUUCAUGCUGAUGGCACGCCAUUGUUAUAUGCUCAAGAAUCGACAUGACAUGGACAUGGUCCUGUCGUUUGCCCGUUUCAACGAUAUGCGAACGGCUGAAACGGAAAAGCGCACGCUUGGUGAAGGUGCACCGGACUUUGUCUCCGGUUCCGACCUUCCGCUGACAACGGAGUGGGAACUAGUGUUGCGCUUACUGAAGGUGGCCGAUCGACUGCACGACUACGGGUACUUCAUGAAGCUCGUAUUCACGCUCAACACCUCGAAGCGUUUCCAGGUGUAUCGGUACGAGCUGCAGCAGCUUUCUCUAAACGCAUGCAUCUACAACCGUGAUCCCAGCCUGGGUCAUAACAUUCUUCGUGAACAGAUUCGUACACUGCUCAUUAUGCAACCUGAAAAGAUCAACCAUCCGCGGCUUUGGAAUGUGUUCAAUCUGGUAGUGUUCAUCAGUGGGGACGUCCGUUAUAAUCGCUACCUGACACGGCUCUUCGAUCGUGCUCCGAACAUAGGCGUGCAUCCAAAGUCGCUGAUCGCUAAUUAUCAUCUUACCUCGUGCACCUACAAGUACGCCCUGAAUCAGUACAACCAAAUUUACCAAUCAACCAGUGAUCCUCUUUACGCGAUGCUAGUCGCUGUCACGCUAACACAGAUUGCGUGUCAGAAGUUCACCUCCAAGAAACAGACGCUUGUAGCGCAAGCUAACAUCUUCAUGGAUCGGUACGGACAAGGAAGGAUGGAAGAAGUUCGACACGAAGUUUACUACAACUUUGGUCGCAUGUACCAUCAGCUGGGUAUGUUACAUUUGGCGAUAGACUAUUACAAGCGAGUGCUUAGCUUUGACAGUGCGGUAAUAAGACAGUGUCCGAAGCAUCUCGACCUAAAAGCCGAAACAGCCUACAACUUGAGUUGCAUCUACAGGGAUAGUGGGAACAUUGAAUUGGCUCGCAAAUACUUGUACGAAUACAUUCAAGUAUAAUAUUUUUUUUUCUGUUUGUAGAAAGCACCUUUUAUCGUGAUAAAGAUUAACAGCCACUCCUGGUUCUACAAGGACUAGGUCAAAAAGACAACCUUUGGGUACCUUGGAACAAUCAUAAAUUGAUCAGAUUGAUCAACGUUUGUAAAUAAUGAAUAAUUGCUGUUCGAUUUCCGACGAUAGCAAGCAAAUAAACUUUCCCAGCUAGUGGAUUGGAUUGAAGAUAACAGUUUAC